AUGAUCAUCUCCACUCUUUUCUUCGUCACGAUAUUCACGUUCCUGCUCGCCUGGUGCACCCGUUCCCAACCCCGACCACCACUUCCACCCGGUCCUAAACCCUUGCCCUACGUUGGGAGCUUCAUCACUAUGAUUCAAAACAAGCCGGCGUUUAGAUGGAUACACAGGAUGAUGGAUGAAAUGGACACUAAGAUCCUAUGCAUUCGCCUCGGAAACGUCCAUGUUAUAUCAGUGAGCGAUCCAAAAAUCGCUUGUGAGUUCUUGAAGGAGAAAGAUGAGAUCUUCUCGUCAAGGCCCGAUUUCAUGUCGAGUUAUCUGACGAGCGAUGGUUACUUGACCACUGUCCUGGUUCCAUCGAGUGACCAUUGGAAGAAUAUGAGGAAAAUCCUAGCCGUAAAGAUUCUUUCAUCUACUAGGCACAAGUGGUUGAAAAGCAAGCGAGACGAAGAAGCUGAUAAUUUGCUUAGGUACAUUUACGAUCGGUGUGAGAUCAAUUUUACGGUCACCGGAGGGAUUAUGAACGUGAGGACUAUCGUGCAACAACACUCGAGCAACGUCACAAGGAAGAUCAUAUUCGGAAGUAGAUACUUGGGCAAAGGGAGUGUCGAUGGUGGACCUGGGGAAGAAGAAAUCGAGCAUGUCGAGUCACUUUUGAUCAUUCUGUCUUACGUUUACUCAUUCUGUGUGACAGAUUACUUCCCGUUCUUGCGAUGGAUAACCGAUCUCGAUGGGCAUGAGAAGAUCAUGAGGAACGCUAUUCGUACCGCAAGAAAACAUCAAGACCGUUUGAUCGAUGAAAGGAUUCAACAAUGGAAAGAUGGUCUUAUAACCAAAGAAGACGACUUGCUUGACGUUUUCAUCAACCUUAGAAACCCUAUUUUAACUGCAAAUCAAAUCAAAGCCCAAAUCCUUGAACUCAUAUUAGCAGCAUUUGAUAAUCCAUCGAAUUGUGUAGAAUGGGCAAUGGCAGAAAUGAUGAACCAACCGAGGAUUUUCGAUCGAGCGAUCCACGAGCUCGAUUCCGUGAUCGGAAAAGAGAAGUUGGUACAAGAAUCUGAUCUUCCUAAACUUAAUUACAUCAAAGCAUGUGUCAAGGAAGCUUUCAGGCUGCAUCCAAGUGCAGCAUUCAAUCUUCCUCAUGUUGCGGCGGUCGACACCACCGUCGGCGGAUACUUCAUACCGAAGGGUAGUCACGUGCUUUUGAGUCGUAUCGGACUCGGUCGGAACCCUGAAGUCUGGGAUGACCCUCUAACUUUCGAACCAGAACGUCACAUAGAUGGUGACAACGAAGUGGUACUCACAGACUACAACCUUCAAAUGUUGUCGUUUAGUUGUGGACGACGUGGGUGCCCAGGAGUGUUGUUCGGCUCGACCAUGACCGUAAUGUUGCUGGCUAGGCUAGUCCAAGGGUUCACCUGGGAGUUGCCACCCAAUGAACCUCUUGUUGAUUUGAAGGAGAACCUUCGAAAUGUAGCUAAGGCUGAACCAUUAUUCGCCCUCGUAAAGCCUCGUCUACCUCACCAUCUAUACCCCACAUGUUGA